UCAUCAAGUAGUUGGGUUUGGGGUCGUUGGAUCUUAUUUGUCUUAUUCAUAGUGGCUAUACUAUGUGUUGUAUUAGCUGCAAUUAGAAUCAACAAAAGAAGGGGCCAAGAAGGUCGUGAACCUAUAAGAGGUACCGCAUGGAUAACACCCCCAAGUUAUGUUCAAUCUCAACAUCAAACAAAUACUCAACAACCUUUCGUGCCACCUUAUAGUGAACAAGCUAAUGAUAAUGAUGCUGGGUAUUAUGAUAACCAAGGUGUAUUCCAUCCAAAUCUAAAAGCUCAAGAAGCUGCU